AAGUCACGUGCACCUAUCACGUGAUUUUCUUUUUUGCUUAGGUAGGGUUUGUGUAAGGGUCUCUGACGAGAGAAUUGAGAUGGCGCUUAGAGGAGUAUGGCAGCUCCAAAAGCUCGUAGUGAGCUACUGUAAUUGGGGAGGUAGCAGUAGAGGCAUAAGAGCCUUUAUGGAAUCAGAGUUGCCUGCGCUGAUAGAGAAAAAUCCGCAGCUCGAAGUGGCAACCGAGCUUUCAAGGGGGCAACAUCCUUAUCUCAAGGGCAUAUACAGGAAUAGAAAUGAGAGGGUGGUGUGUGUGAAGAACAUGGAUCCUGAACAAGUGGCUUUGAAUGCAACGAGGCUUAGGAACUCACUUGGUAGGAAAGUGGUGAAGCUGAGGACUAGACAUGUGACCAAGCACCCCAGUGUUCAAGGCACUUGGACAACCGCUGUCAAGUUCUGACAACUUUGGUUGUUGCAAGUAUCAGUCCUGAGUCGUUUCUACUUCUACUUGGACAAAGAUUCAGCUUCAGUUGUUUGAGUUCUGUCUGUCUUAAUAAGAUUUCAGGAGGGUUUAUGGUAAAAUUCAUUUUGCUGAUCAGUUGUAGUAGUACUUGGUAUUUUAGUAUCUUACCAACUACAGAGAGGACUCAAACUUUUCAUUUCUUUGUUAUUUGUCACUAGUACAAGAAAUCAGACAAGCCCCUUUCGUAAUA